GGUUAUCUGUUCCAAUACACAUCAGUCAGACAUCAUUGGUCACACACAACAUCAUACAAAGUCGCAAGUCUGAACUGUGUCUCAGUUUUUGGUCCGGGGAAAGAUUUGACAGCUUCAACUUUAGAUUGAUCAACUUUGACACCGUCUUCUGAAAUUCUGUGACCAAGACAUGCUGAACAAAAUAGUUUUGGCUUUAACGAUAUGUUAUUGUGCUUCUCACUUACACUUUGAUAACCCGCAACAAUUCGGUCCUCCUCUUUUCGAUCCUUUCUCAGAUGGGCCAGUUAGUUGCAAGUACGACGACACUAUUUAUGAAUUGGAAGCUGUACAUGAUAUAACUCCUGGAGACUGUAGCACAUCUGGAAGAUGUACGAUGAAAGCGUCUGAAUUUGGAGCCGAAUGGAAACAGAUAAAAGUGGCUUGUAAAGAACCAUUGCAUCCUGGAAAAUGUUACAGUGAUAAAGAUGAAUGGUUGGCUGGCUGUUCAUUGAAGCACUGCAUCAAACAUUCAGAUGGAAGUUUUGAAGAAAAAACAAUCGAACAAAUUCCAGAAGGUGACUCUGUGGUUAAAGUAUCAAAUGACGGGUGUAAAUUCUACAAUUGUCAGUCGAUCGUACCAGGUUGUUAUUACAAGAGACAAAAGAAAUGUUACCCAGUAGGAACGAAAAAAAGGGUUGGUUGUAGCAGAAUUGAAUGCAGGCUUGAUGCAACAGGGAAGAAAGCCUCGUUCAUUGGAACGACAAUACAAUGUCGGUCUUUUGGAAAAUGUGUCGAUGUCGGAGCAAUAUGGUUGAAUACAAAAAGAUGUAUCCAUCAGAUAUGUACGAAGAAUGUUGACGAAUUCGGAACGGAAUUACACCGUGUAAAAAGAACACGAGGUUGUAGAAUGUACGGCAAAUGUAGCGCACCAGGACAUAUAAUCCAGAUUAACCCUUGCUCAGAAGCCGUCUGUGGAAGAGGUCGAUGGGUGUUUAAUAAAAGAGGUUGUUACAUUGAUGGUCAAUGUAAAGAGCAUUUUGAAGAAUGGAAAAAUUCUGUAUGUGACACUGAUAAGUGCAUUGUGACAAUUACUAACAGAUAUGGACCAAAAUUGCAGAUAAGGCACGUAAAGUCAGGAUGUAAAGAUUCUGAAGGAACCUGUCGUGACGUGAAUGACACAUGGGAUGAACCAUCAAUGGAUAUCGAUAGCACAUGUCCAGAUUCAUUUAAGGCUGUGGCAAAAUGCAGGCGAUAUAGGAUGGUAGUUACUUAUGAAAGUAAAUGUAUUGAUGAUGAGGGGAGUACUAGAAAAUAAUAACGACGUUGUGACAAGAAAUAACGUCGAGGCAAAACAUAACAAUCAAUAAAUUUCUAUGCCAUAUA